CUCGCUUAUGUAUAUACGGCCGGCCAGAGUACGACACUCCCAGUCUCUUGCAUCCAAGUCACCAUGUUCCGCGCUGCCCUCACAAAAACCGUUCUCAACGCCGCCCCCCGCGCCAGCCGAGUAGCUGUACGCCCAGCACUCGCUCGCGGCUAUCACGAGAAAGUCAUCUCCCACUACGAGCAGCCCAGAAAUGUCGGCUCGCUCCCUAAGAACGAUUUUGAUGUCGGUACUGGCCUCGUCGGUGCACCUGCCUGCGGCGAUGUUAUGAAGCUGCAGAUCCGGGUCGAUGAGAACGGCGUCAUCUCCGACGUCAAGUUCAAGACCUUCGGCUGCGGCUCUGCCAUCGCGUCGAGCUCGUAUAUGACUGAGCGGGUGAAGGGGCUGUCGCUGGAGGAGGCUGAAAAGAUCAAGAACACGGAGAUUGCGAAGGAGUUGUGCUUGCCCCCGGUGAAGCUGCACUGUUCCAUGCUCGCGGAGGACGCCAUCCGGUCUGCUAUCAAGGACUACAGGUCGAAGCGUGCCACGGCUAAGAACCCCAAGCAGGCAGGCUUCAUCGACGUUUCGCAGAGCGCGGCAACCGGGGAGACCGUCGCGACUGCCCACGCACCGUCAGCAUAAGCUGUCACGAUCCUCACCAUCCGCCACGACCCGUAGUACUUUCCGCUUGCUUUCGACUUAUGUAUCGCGCGUGUAUGAUUAGUCGCUCAUUAGGAUCCUAGCGUAUUGUGCAAUCGUAGUGCAUUGGAGUGAACAUAUA